AUGACCCCAACAUCAGUACGAUCGUUGUCGUAUUCAAUUAUCAACAUAGCCCAAAGCGUCGGUAUCAUUGUUGCACCGUAUCUUCGGCAUGUAAGGCUUCAUCCGGAAUACGUCAAAUUCGCCGUUGUUGGUGUAUUAUGUAUUAUCGCCGGCGUUUUAUGCAUGUUUCUUCCGGAGACCAUGGAUCGCCCUUUGCCAGCUGACAUCAAAGAUCUCACCAAUAACAUUGAUCGGGUUAUCGAUGACAGCGACACAGAAGAGCCAUUCAGUAUCCGUCGUCUCGGUGGUAAUGAUUUGGAAAAACUGUCAGAAGCAACUAAUAUGAAGCGAAAUAUUACAUGA